GCCCCUUUUUCGGCUGAGUGCGGGUCAGGCCGAGCCCCGCCACCUCCCCCGACAGGGGCGGGCAGGGGGAGGAGCGCGUCGGGCCGGGCCGGGAGGUGCUGGGGGACUAGGGGGAGCUGCUGCACCUGAUACACCGUGGGGGGAGCGUGGUGAAGCAGAGAGGGAGUGGCGCUGUCCACCGCUUGCGAAAGCUUCUCCCCACCGUUAGUCAGCGCUGGUCUCGCUGUUUCUCUCCUCCCGCCCCUUCUGUGCGGAGCUGGGCUCUCGUUCUUGUUCCCCUCGGGGCCGGCGGCAAAGCGUCCUCCUCCUCCUUUCCCCCGGGCCCCAUGGCUUCGGCUGGCAGCGGCAUGGAGGAGGUGCGCGUCUCGGUGUUGACCCCGCUGAAGCUGGUGGGACUGGUGUGCAUCUUCCUGGCGCUGUGCCUGGACCUGGGAGCCGUGCUGAGCCCCGCAUGGGUGACGGCGGACCACCAGUACUACCUGUCCCUCUGGGAGUCCUGCCGCAAGCCCGGCAACUUGGACAGCUGGCUCUGCGAGUCGACGCUGCACAGCGACUGGCAGAUAGCUACUCUCGCUUUGCUGCUGGGUGGUGCUGCCAUUAUUCUUAUAGCUUUCCUGGUUGGGUUGAUCUCCAUCUGCGUAGGAUCUCGGAGGCGGUUCUACAGACCAGUUGCAGUCAUGCUCUUUGCUGCAGUUGUUCUCCAAGUGUGCAGCUUAGUCCUUUAUCCAAUCAAGUUCAUCGAAACGGUCAGCUUGAAAAUAUAUCAUGAGUUCAACUGGGGCUAUGGCCUGGCUUGGGGUGCAACUAUAUUUUCAUUUGGGGGUGCCAUUCUUUAUUGCCUGAACCCUAAGAACUAUGAAGACUAUUACUAGAAUCAUUUAAUGGCAACUAAAAUAGCAAAAGGAUUACCCCAUCUUUUCUAACUCACAGUUUUUUUAGAACACUCGUGGAGCACCAAACAGUCUGCUCUGUUGAUAAAAUAGCCUUUGCCUUUUGGGUGUGAACACUGUAACCAGCUUUUACAACCAUUUAAAAGAACUGCAGACACUAGGAUUGCUGAUCUUACAUAGGCAGAUGCUGCAAGCUGCUGAUACAUAAGCUUCAUUUUUCCUGACAACAAGCAACAGGAUCUACGUGACUGCGAUCAUUGUGAGAAAACUAGUUGGAAUGAGAAUGCAAUGCCAGCAUCUGCUAUUGCCUUCAGGGGAGCAGCUGGUAUAGGCGCCAUUUAGAAGUUUCCCUGUAUCGUAGAGGAUUCAGAUGUCUGAUAAGCAGGCAGUGGCAUCCUGUACAAUAGGCUGUGUUGGCCCCUUGUUACUUGCUCAAAAAAAGCUCUUAAGGAAUUAGUUGCAAGUGACUGUUGAGGGCAGUGAAUGUAACUAGUUAAUGACUUGUCUAAUACGUUCAUUCAACAGUCUUCUGGGAGAGUAAUAAUAACAAGAAAAAAGCAACAGCAAGGCACCAACCACACAGGAUUUCAUGAAUUGGUAAUUGACAUCAGUGUGCCAGCUGUAGCAGAUUGUUGAAGGAAGUCCAAACUGGGAGACACAUGCUUCUAACUGUUUAGUUGGAAGUUGUCUCAGCAAUGAGUGUUGUGCUGGGAGGGUGGAGAUAAGAGGGAGCAGAAAUAGAGCUCCUCUGUCCCUGAGGCAUCUAAAGUGUAUGAAUGAAUUGCAGUUGUCCUAAGUACCCGCUUAAUUUCUGAACACCAUCCUGAAAACAAUGCAUAUGGAACAACUUCAGUUAUAUUUUUCAAAGGUAUUUGUUAGUAUAAAUGAAUAUAUAAUACAAAUAUAAAUGCAGAGGGAGAGAGCUGAUUCAUCUUCAAAUGGUAAUACGAGCUGUGAUGCAGUGGUUAAAAUACUAACUUUGUAUACAUUUUUGAAAGUCUCCAAUUGGCAUCCCCAAUUUUGGUUGGUGUUACAAAAUAAAUAUGAAACCUGUUUGUCUUCUGUGUACGCCCUUGUACAGACUCUGUGUUAUGGGAAAUGCUUAAAAGUUCACAUCAAGACAGAACUGGACAAAACAACUGCUUGUUAUUCCAUGUGUAAUCUAGUACUUACAAAACAUUCUUUUCAAAGGCUAUUGCAAAGAAAACAACUGCCAUGUAAAAAAAAAAAGACUAGUUAGAUUGUGAGUGUCUCUGAUCAUCAAGAGCACAACUGAGACCCCAUCAUGUCCAUAUUAAAACAUUAACGCUUCAGGAGGUAAUCUCUUGUUUUUAAAAGCUGAGCUUAUAAUGGACUGGUUGAUGAUGCUGUACACCUAAUUUCUCCUUGCCCAGUAUGUUUCCCGCUUAAAACAUCCAGAGACUGUACCCAUGAGACUCAAGGUAGUAAGAACUUUCACCUGAAUUUAACCUGCAUCACCUUUUUAUUUUUGUUUACGAUUUGCUUCUUUGGAUAUCUUCAAUUAAUUGUGAACAUAUUUUUAUACAACUCUGAUCUUUAGAAAUGACUAUUUUUUUUAAUGGAGAAAUUUAAAAUAUAUACUGUGUGAAGCUGUGCACAAGCAAAAUACACUAGGGUUGCACAUCCACCUCUACACAAAUGGUAUUGCUUGUUACAUGGAAAAAGACUGCUAAAUUACUCAAUGUUAAGAGCAAGUGUACAGUGUUAAUGCCUCUGCCACUGUUUGCAGGGCACAGAGGUUCUGCAACAGCUGUGGAACCACAGGGCUGCCUUUAGGAGGUUGUUGUGAAAGCAUUGCUGAUGUAUGGAGAUGGCUUAUUAAAAAAACUCUGCAGCUCUCUGGUGUUAAAUGUUUACUGCUGCAGCAAAAUAUUCCAUAUCAGCAGUCUUUCCAAGACCAGUGGUGAUUGGCUAGAUUAGAUGGAACAAAAUGAUAGCUCAACUUGGCUUGGAAGGGAUUGAACGGCAGUGCUUAGAGAACAAAAACGAUGGGAGGAAAAAUUAUGUCCACUUGUUCUGCAGGCACCAGAGAGCAUUUGUAACUGUGUGGUAUUUUUUUGUCUUGAGACUGACUUAAGGCAGAUAUUCAGUAUAUCUUCAGUGUAUCUUUCUGAACAGCUGUGUCGUUCUGCUUUUAUUUAGCAGCAUGGAAAACAUUGCAGUUUGGCAUGGGACUUAGGUUAAUGUAGAGAAGCGCACUGUGAGAAGUCAUCUGUACCUUUCUAGGAGGGUGGUAUUCUGGUGCUUACGUUGUGUGGCACUUUGCCUAUGCUGACAAGAAGGUACAGUGCUGAACCCAUAUCGUAUCUACUACUUUAUCAGAUCUGUUAUUUUCUUUCUGUAGAGUUUGAGUGAAA